AAUCCUAAUUCAUGAUUGGCAAAUAAUUUUCCUUCUACCUAGGCUGUACUGAAUAUAGAUGAAAACUUCGGGUCAGCCUAAACCGCAAAGUGCAGGUUACUUACUAAUAUUUUAAGAUAUGCGUCCAUCGGAUUCGCUCUCAUGACUUUUUAAUAAGUGCAAAGGUGAUACUAGUAUGAUUUACGUAAUAGCUAACUAACAAAAGAUGUCAUCCAUGAUUCAUUGUUAAAAAAUUAUAUUCCCUGUUGAGCGAAGAAGUUUUAGUUGAGAUCACUGCUGAAAAUUAUACCGCGUAUUUAUCAAACUGAAAUCAUCCUGACAAGUUAUUAACUCAAAGGAUUCGCCAGACAUCGCGCUUCGUCACCGAUUGUCUCAACAUGUCAAGAGCAAAUAUAUUCUUCGCUAUCAUGGCCGUCAUUUGCUUUUUAUUAAAAAGUGGGAUUGGCUUCCUUGUUACGGUUCACACCCAAACCGGAUGUAACGCAACUCUAAUCUGCAAUCAGUCUGGGGACGUUAGGUGGAUGAAAACAGAAAAUUCACAGGAAAUUAAAGACCCAAGAUUCGUCGCUAGAAAGUAUUCAUUUUUUUCAACUUUAUCGAUCGUCGACGUCACCAAAAACGAUGGUGGGAAAAUAACUUGCGUUGCAGAGGGAACUAACAUCACUAUAAGCUUGGAAGUUUGCCACGAUAACAAUCCAACAAGACAAUGUGAGAGCAGCAUUACGAGCAGUGCAAGUUGUUCAGAUCCCUAUUUACAAGAAGAAUGUAAGAAAUCCUGUAAACUUUGUCCAGAGCCAAAUUGCACAGAGGCAAUUCUGCCUACAACAGCGCCACCUACAACUACAGCGCCACCUACAACUACAGCACCACCAACAAUGACCGAAACACCCACGACCCAAGAGGAGGAGGAAGACCGGGUCUUCAACGGUGGAGUUAAUUUAAGCUCCGGUUUCCAUGAUCUUUUACUCCUCGCAUCCAUUCUCUUUGUUAUGAUGUCAUUACUGUUCUCAAGUCUGUGAAUUCACUGAAAAAGUAGCGUACAGCGCUCAGUUUUCAGAAUUUUUGCAUGUGAUUCCCAGAUGAGUACUUUACCUACAAGUACUUCAUUUCACAAGCUUCUCUUAUUUUGCGUUAUUCCUUCCUUUCUCUUUUUUUAUUUUAGAAAAUUUACAACAUUACGAUAGCAAUUCAACUUUUUUGUAGUUUUACAAGGUUUAGGUAUGGUUGCAAGGUCUCAACUGUUUUAGGAAAUUAUAAGUAUAGGUGCAUCAAAGUGUUGCAAUCAAAGCUACAGCUAACUUACGACCUGUUUAGAAUAACUCGAAUGUAAUUAGGUACUGCAUUGUAAGUAGUUUUGGCGUUGUAUUGGAAUAAUUGAAAGAUCAAUACCAAAUGAAUAGAAGUGUUGUUUUUUAAAAGGAUAACGCUUUUAUCUCAUGUCAGUGUCGUUAGCUCACAAAAUAUGUUUGAAAAUUGGACGCAUUCUAAAGCUCUUCCAUUUCUUAUUACUAGAUGCAUUUGCCCGUGUACUUGGGCGCUCGUAAUUGUAACAUGUAGGCAUGUACAGUCUUCAAACAGUUAUCACACUUACGAAUUCAAAGCCCCUCUUAAAUGAUACACUUGUACAGUUGCUAAGGUAAGGGAACUCUGACUUGAAUUGACGAUUUCAUGAUGUCAAUUCCGUUUGUCUGCAAAAAUUUUAAAGUAGUUUAAAAGGGGCAGGAUGUUGGAUAUUUGUACUGCUUUGAGAUGUAGCUGCAAUAAAUUGUGUUUUGU